UGGUCAUUCUCGCACAAUUGUUGAUUAGAAAUGCGGUCGCAAAUUACAAGCAAUUACGACAUGCUCUGAUUCACAAGUUCAAGAACAUGGUAUCUUAAGCUUGUUGAACAUUGACAAUUUCUCUAAUCAUAAUAGCGAUCCCUUACCCAAUAAUACCGAAUUGGAAUCGAAAAUUCACUCUAUAUUACCCAUGAGAGGAGAUCUAAUUGACUAGGUUGAGAAACACAUGACCGUCCGAGGAUAAGGGUAAUCACUACACAUAAAACAUGUUUCCCGAAGAUAGUCGUAAUGAUCCCAUGCUGGACCGGAGGCUGUUUACGGAUUCACAAAAUGAGGCCGUAAACAGCGCUCCGCUCUCGGAUGAAGAUAUUGAAAAAAUAUGGACUUGGAACGCGGUAGUACCAACACCAAUUCAGGGGUGUGUUCACGACCUCAUCACGGAAAUAGCAAAUUCCCAGCCAGAUGCACCUGCAGUUUGCGCUUGGGACGGCAAUUUUACCUAUGCUGAACUUGAUAACCUCGCCAACAAUGUGGCGCAACGUCUUCUAAAAAUGGGCAAUUCUCCUGGAUCUAACGUACCGCUCUUGUUUUCAAAGUGUCGAUGGACUUGUGUCGCAAUGUUAGGUGUAAUCAAAGCUGGGUGCGCAGCUAUUGCGCUUGACCCUGCUUACCCUGACAUACGGCUGCAGUCGAUUAUAAAACAGUGCCGGUCAACCACAAUCAUUGCAUCAGAAAGCCACGUGGAUAGAAUCGUACAAAUGACAAAUGUUCCCGUUCUGCAAAUUGACGAGAGGAUGCGAGUUACAGCAAACGUUGGCGAAGAGCAAGACAAGUUGGGGCUACCCGUCGUUUUGCCGGAAGACAUUGUGUAUAUCUCAUUCACAUCUGGAUCAACAGGUCAGCCCAAAGGUGCUUGUAUAAGCCAUGCGAACGUGAGGAGCACCGUGUAUUACCAAGGGUCUCAACUUGGAUUUCAUAGAAAGUCUAGAGUAUUUGAUUUUGCGCCAUAUUCUUUUGAUGUGGCAUGGAGCAAUGUUUUACACACACUGUGCGCUGGGGGAUGCUUAUGUAUUGCAUCGGAAGAAGACAUGAUGAGAGAUCUUUCUGCAUCGCUCAUCGAAUACAAAGCGACAUUGAUCAAUCUGACGCCAACGGUGCUCCGUACAAUCAAAGGAAUUGUCCCAUCUCUUGAAACGAUUCUACUGAGUGGAGAAAUGCCUUACUACGACAACCUGAAACAGUGGGCCGAUAACGUCAAGCUUGUUAACACGUAUGGACCAACUGAAUGCACUUUUAAGUGUGCAUUUUCUACUCUUUCGACAUCGACGGAUGAAGUACCCAGUAUUGGAAAAGGUGUAGGGUUUUGCACCUGGGUUGUUAACCCCGAUGAUUGCAACACCCUGGUUGCCGCAGGGUCGACUGGCGAGCUUUAUUUGGAGGGCCCUAUGGUUGGCCAAGGUUAUCUAUAUGAUCGUGAAAAGACUGAAUCGGCGUUUAUAAAUAACCCCCCUUGGUUAGUCGGUGGGAAAGACGGAUUAUCGGGUCGGUCAGGCCGCUUGUACAAAACUGGUGAUUUGGUGAAGUAUCGAUCAGACGGAUCUCUUGUAUUUGUGGGCAGAAAGGAAACUUCCCAGUGGAAGAUUCGGGGUCAACGUGUUGAAAUUGGCGACGUAGAGCAUCAUGUUCGGGCUUGCUUAGAUGGUAGGCUUUCAGUCAUCGUGGAGGCUGUUGUUUAUCGUAACAGAAGCAGUCCGUCGCUGGCAAUGUUUAUACAGACUGGGGGUGAAGAUAUGACAGAGGUGAAGUAUCUGUUAGACGGGUUAAUGCAAAGGGCUGCGAAGCGCCUACCUGCGUUCAUGCUUCCUAGCAUUUACAUUCCCAUUGAAAAAAUACCGAUUGGCCCUACAGGGAAAAUAAACCGGCAACACCUGCGAGCAAUGGUUGCUUCUCAAACAUUCAAUGACAUUCUACAACUCCAAUCCAAAACUAUUUCUGCCAGCGAAUAUUGUCCACCGUCUAACGAAAUCGAAAGCCGGCUCACCGAGCUUUGCGCAACUGUUAUGGGUUUAGAGUCAGGCCGAAUCAGUAUGACGGAUAACUUUUUUCGUCUCGGCGGCGACUCUAUAAUUGCAAUGCAAUUAGUGGCAUCGGCUCGUCGAAGGGGUUUACUGUUGACGGUAGCAGAUAUAUUCAAGUCACCAGUGCUACGAGAUCUGUCUAAGGUCAGUAGGUUAGAAACAGAAACCGAGAGCGAAGAUGGAAUGGCACCGUUUUCACUCCUCAGUGGAAAGAUAGAUUUGGAUAACAUAUGUCAGGAGAGUGCCAGGAUUUGCGGAGUUGGAAUAGGUGAUAUUGAAGACAUUUACCCAUGCACGCCGCUUCAGCAAGGAAUGCUGGCAUUAACGGCUAAACAUUAUGCAAAAACCACUCUAGGAGCGGACUAUUAUGUUUCGAGAACAGCUUUUAAGCUUCCUCAUGACAUCGAUCUGGUGAGAUUAGAAGAGGCCUGGAGAGCUACAGUUGCUGAAGUCCAGAUUUUACGGACAAGAAUCAUAGACCUGCCAACGGAAGGCUUAGUUCACAUUGCAGUGAAUUCUCGGGUUCCUUUGCAUCGAUGGACAUCCCUCAAUGAAUUUUGGAAUGAUUCAUCAAGAACUUCAUUGGGAAAUCCUUUGUGCCGAGUAGGUAUUUAUGAAGGACAAGGAUUGUUCCUGGUUCUAGAAAUGCACCAUUCAAUCUUUGACGGGUGGUCUUUUGGACUGAUUCUGGAUUGUGUGGAGUGUCAUUAUAACGGCACCGGCAAGAACCCGUUAUCGCUAGUACCAUUUCAGAAAUAUGUGAGAUACACGUUGAUAUCAAAUACCGAUGAGGCUGUUUCAUUUUGGCGAAACCAACUCAUUGGGUCAGAGGCAGUUGUCUUUCCUCCACCAAAUUACCACCCACUGGGAAAACUGGAUUUAACCCAUGAAGUGAGAGAUUUGGAAUGGCCACGAGAAGGAAUCACACCUUCAUCCAUCGUACGUGCCGCAGUAUCUCUACUAGUCGCCUCAUAUACAAAUUCUACUGACGUCAAAUUCGGAGUGACCGUUAGCGGUAGACAAGUGUCAAUCCCAGGAACUGAAAGAAUAACUGGCCCAACAAUUGCAACAGUUCCCGUACGCGUCAAAUUCAACUGGGAUCAAUCUGUACGAAGUUUGUUGCAGCUAGUCCAGCAGCAGAUGGUAGAUUCCGUGGAAUAUGAAUAUAUUGGACUUCAGAACAUCCACCAAAUAGCUGCAGAUAUUGAGGAUGCGAGUCAAUUUCAAUUACUACUUGUUGUUCAGCCUGAUCAACAGACUAUGACGAUUCUACAAACCAAAAAGAACAACUCGGAGCUUGAUCCCAUGACCGAUAUGGUCAACAAAGAAUCUUGGGGUGACAGUUUGGCCGGUUAUAAUCCAUAUGCAAUGAUGAUAGUGUGUCAAUUGCGGGAGUCUGGUCUUGAUAUGAAGAUAAAUUUUGACUGCGGUGCCAUUCCAGAAAAACAAGUUCAACGACUCUUGCUACAAACCGAACUCGUGCUUCGACAAUUAUGUUCAAGAACCCACUCCAUGCUGGGAGAGAUUGAAAUGAUGACGAAUGAUGACCUUACCGAUAUUUGGAGAUGGAAUAAAAAUAUGAAAAUGGAUCCGCUCAUUUCUAUAAGUGACGUAAUUGACGCAAGAGCCACAACCAAACCGCAUGACACUGCAAUUUCCUCUUGGGACACCGAGAUCUCAUAUCAGGAGCUUAAAUAUCUAUCGACAGAUUAUGCAUUUCAACUAAGUGAAAACGGAGUAAAUAAGGGGUCAAUUAUUGCAUUGAAUUUCGAGAAGUCGGCAUGGAUGAUUGUUAUUAUGCUCUCUGUCCUUAGAAUUGGCGCAGUAGCAGUACCACUGUCAAUAGGAUGUUCAAGCCAGCGCGCUUAUCAGGUUGUGGAGACAGUGCAGCCUCAACUGGCUAUCACAUCAGGUCUACCUGAAGAGUCCCCGUUUCAGGGAAUGAUACCAGUUAUCGGUAUAUCCAGCCUGCAGAACCCGACAAGACAGGAACCGAAGCAUACUUUUCAAAAUGUCACCAAUUUUCCUUCGGAUCCUGCCAUUGUGCUUUUCACAUCCGGAUCAACAGGAAAUCCAAAGCCGAUCCAGUGGAGCCAUGAAAUACUGUCAAGCAAUAUCCAAGCCGCCAUCCGCUAUUUCCGAAUGGUUGAAAAGAGCAGGGUUUUUCAGUUUUCUGGGUAUGACUAUGAUGUUAGCACAAUCGAAACGUUGGCAUCUCUAACUGUCGGGGCCUGCUUAUGUAUUCCAUCGGAAUCUGAUAGAAAGAACGAACUCACCAGCACAAUCAAAGCCUACGAGGCUAAUUGGAUAUGUCUUACCCCAUCGGUCGCCGAAACGAUUGAACCUUCCGAUAUCCAAUCUUUGCGCACUCUAGUAUUUGCUGGGGAGCCAUUACAGGAAAGACAUGCAUUUCGGUGGCUGGAAACCGUGGAAACUAUUUAUAACUGGUAUGGGCCAGCAGAAGCUUCAGUAGCAACUGCAUGUAUCGUUCGAAGAGAACAUUGGAAGUUUGGCCUUAUCGGUAGAAGUGAAGUGGGAGCAAUGUGGUUGGUUAACCCCAACAACCCUGAUAAGCUGGCCUCAGUAGGAUCUAUCGCGGAACUCUGCAUUGAGGGCCCAAUAGUUGGAUGUUACACAGGUAAAAGAGGACAGUCGUUGAAUUCAAAGGCCUUUCUAUCCGCGAAAUGGCUACGUGAUGGGCAUUUAGAUAUUCCAGGACGUCCUGGUCCUAUAUACCGUACCGGGGAUCUUGUUAAAUAUGACAAAGAUGGCGACAUAAUUUACAUUGGCCGAAGAGAGAGUUACCAGAGGAAAUUACGAGGACAGAGGGUUGAUCUGCAGGAUAUUGAGAUAUGUGUGCAGUCCUUCCUACAUGGAAAAUUGGACGUAAUAGUGGUGGCGGAAAUUUUUUGUCCAUUUGGUAGUCUCAAGGAGAUACUGGCGCUCUUUGUAAGUGCUACUAAUACGGCAAAAAGCCAGGACCAUACCGCUUUGAUUAAGCAGAAUCUACCGCUGCAAGAGAUUGAGGACCACUUGUUAAACUGUCUAACAUCUUACAUAAUUCCGACGGUCUAUGUUCCUAUCGAUGAAAUCCCAGUCAACAAGUCAGGAAAAAUGGACAGAAAACGACUGCGUGAAAUUGGAAGUUCCUUGACUAUGAAGGAACUGGCAGAAAUGCAGCCUUCCCGGCGCAAGGAUAGAAAACCUGCUACAAACAUGGAAUUUAAACUCCAGGAAGUGUGGGCGAAUGUAUUAUUAAUGGAGCCGGGAUCAAUCUACGCGACAGACAAUUUCUUCCGUCUAGGUGGUGAUUCUAUUACCGCAAUGCGACUUGUCGCCUUGCUUCGUAAUCAGGAAUUAUUACUUACGGUAGGGGAUGUAUUUGAAGCUCCAGAGCUUCAAAAGAUGUCUGAGAGAGUUUUGCAGCAGAAUUCCGUCUCUCAGUCUCCUGAAACUAUCCCCUUCUCGCUUAUCCAUGUACAUCAGGAUACCGAGAUUGAGACUAGAGUAACAAUAUCUCGUGCUGCUCAUCUUUGUUCAGUUAAUGAAACUUUGAUUUCGGAUAUGUACCCGUGCACACCACUUCAAGAAGGCUUACUUGCACUCGGAAUAAAGAAGAGAGGACAAUACGUAUCUCGCAGUGUACUACCACUCCAGGGCCAUGUUGAAGUCGAGAAGUUACGACAAGCCUGGAUAUCGACCGCCAACAAAUUCCCCAUUCUUAGGACCAGAAUCACCGAUUUACCCGCACAUGGCCUUCUCCAGAUCGUGAUUGACAGUGUAUCGUACAGAUCGGGCAAUAAUAUCGACAGUUAUUUGAAUGACGAUGAGCGUGACGCGAUGGGUUUGGGGACAGCUCUUUGCAGAGUUGCUAUCAUCGAUCGUAAUUUUAUAUUGACCAUCCAUCACUGUCUAUAUGACGGAAUUUCACUCGAAAUGAUUUUACAGGAAAUCGAGUCUCAAUAUUUUGCCAAGCCUGCUAGGAACAAUACGCCCUUCCGUCAUUUCAUCGAAUAUUUAAAAAGCAGUGACACAGAAGAAGCCGCCCAGUUCUGGAAAAGAGAGUUGUCUCGUGCUGAAUUCAGACAGUUCCCUAUGGUUCCCACUGUGACAUAUCAACCACAGGCGACCGCCUUCCUGCAGCAUAAGGUCUCCCUGAACUGGUCGAGGAGUGGAAUAACGCCGUCCACCAUGAUCCGUGCUUCCUGGGCGAUGCUCGCAGCUCAAUACGUGGGAUCAACGGAUGUCGUGUUUGGUGCUACGGUCACUGGAAGACAAAUCAAUAUGAAAGGGAUUGAACACUGUGUAGGUCCAACCAUUGCAACCGUCCCGGUUGCCAUUUCAAUAGACUGGAGUGAGACCGUUGCAAAAUUCCUCCACCAUGUCCAGAGCCAAACUUGGGAAACAGUUAAAUACGAGCAGUACGGAAUACAAAAUAUCCAACGUGCUCUGGGAGUCCUCGACAACGGUGUUUUCCAGACAUUGCUGGUAAUACAGCCGUCAAAUGCAGGUAAUAGCUUGCAAAAAGACAGCCCGUUGUUCAAGGCCCGGAGCUUCGCGUCAUCCCUUGAGACAACAGGCACGGAUCCUUUCAAUACCAACGCAUUGAUGAUAAUAUGCCAAUUGGAACACUCUGGAGUGGAUUUGCGUAUCAGCUUUGAUCCGCAUAUUAUCGAUCGCGAUCAAAUGUACCGAAUAGUUUGCCAAAUGGAAACCAUACUUUCUCAGAUAACAGCAGACAGCUCACAGAACAUGAAACUAAGCGAAAUACAGACAGCAAGCGAUUUUGAUUUGAGCUCAUUUUGGACGCAAAAUCGACAGCCUUAUGAAGAACCAAGCACAUGUGUUCAUGACCUAGUAACAUCAGUCGCAAUAGAAGACCCCAAUGCAACUGCAAUCCACUCAUGGGACGGGUGUUUCUCUUACUGUCAGGUCGAGGAGCUCUCAUCUACUAUUUCACGGAGACUAUAUCAACUAGGGGUUGUCAAGGGGUCGACAGUAGCCUUGUGUUUAGAAAAGUCAAGAUGGGUGCCUGUGUUGCAAAUUAGUGUUUUAAAGGCGGGUGCUGUGAGCCUGCUUCUUUCAGCUACACUGCCCGAUCAGAGAGUGGCUGCCACCCUCAACAGUUUAGUAGUUAGAUUAGCAAUUGCUUGUGAUUCUCGCAGAGGAUUGAUAUCUCAAUAUGUCCACUGCGUAACGAUAGAGGAAUUAUCAACCGAUCCGGCCAACCUGCCUCUAUGUCCUUGGUCUCCGAUAAAAAUGAGCGAUCCGGCCGCGAUACUGGUUUCUUCAGGAAGCACAGGCGAGCCUAAACAAAUUCUUUGGACUCACGGUGCUCUGGCUGCAAAUGUCAAUUCCCACCGCUCCAAUCUCUCAUUGGGGCCAACUUCUCGCGUGUUCCAGUUCGCGUCCUACGAUUUUGACGUGGCCACAGUUGAGACAAUGUCUGCUCUAACUAGCCGAGCAUGCUUGUGUAUUCCAUCAGAGCAAGAGCGGGUCGAUGAAUUGGUUGACACAAUCAAUCGCCUCCGUGUCAAUUUCUGUACGUUUACACGAUCCACGGCAAAGCUCCUUCACCCAAACGAUGUACAGCUUCUAUCUACUAUAGUCUUCGCAGGCGAGAAUCUGAUUGAAGACGACAUAGAGCUCUGGAGAGGGCAUUGUCGAAUCGUAAACUGGUAUGGUCCCGCCGAAUGCUCAACGGCAACCUUCUGUAAUGUGGACGAGCCCACGUGGCGCGGCGGAGUAAUUGGCCAUAUUGACUCCAGAUAUUCAAAUCGCUUGUGGGUAGUGGACCCAGGUGUUCAUAGCCGGCUCGUUCCCUUUGGCGCAAUAGGUGAACUGGUUUUCGAAGGCCCGGCAUGUGCUGAUCGUUAUAUGAAUGACGUGGAAUUAACAAAGAAGCAUUUCUUUGACAGCCCGGCCUUUCCAUUGAAGGGAGGACACAUCAAUAAGCCAGGCAAAUUGGUUCGUCUCUACAGAACUGGAGAUCUAGCUCGAUUUGAGUCUAAUGGGAACUUGGUAUUCUUGGGGCGAAGGGAUAAUCAGCUGAAAAUCAAUGGACAAUUGGUCUACCCAGAGGAGGUCGAAAAACACUUGCGGCUAUUUUUGAACUCCACCGGUGCGAAUAUGGAAGUAGCUGUGGAAGGAGUGUCUUUUGAAAGUGAAGAUCAACUAUCGUUGGUUGGGUUCAUCGUAUCCCCAAACAAUAGCAUCGAGAUUUUGACAAAAGACAUUGAUAAAGAGCUUCGAAAGGCAUUACCCCGGUAUGCCAUUCCUUUAUAUUAUAUCUCUAUAUCUGAGAUGCCAAAAACUGGUACGGGUAAAAGGGAUAGGAGGAAACUCUUAGAUAUCGCUGCCUCGGUUGGCCGACCGUCUCCCACCGACACGCAAAGGUGGCCGAUUACAACAGGAGAAAAGAUGAUGGCAAAACUGUGGUCCAUAGUGUUGGGGGUUGAAUUAAACAAUAUAACUGCUCAUGACAGCUUCUUACAGAUGGGUAGCUCCAUCGAGGCGAUGCGCCUCGUGGGAUUGGCACGCCAGGAGGGAUUAAAAUUAACAGUGAGCACCAUAUUUGAAAAUCCUGUGCUUAUGGAUAUGGCCAAGGUUCUUGUUGCUCUCGAUAACACGAUGCAAGAAGAUGCCGGUCCAUUUAAACUUCUGCAUCGAGGCAUUGACAUUGAUAUGGCACGUGAACAAGCAGCAGCACUGUGCGGCAUAGAGAAAGGAAAUAUUGAAGAUUUGCUUCCAUGUACACCGUUACAGGAAGCUCUCUUAGCCUUGACUGCACAAUGUGAUGGUGACUACAUAAGUCACAACACAUUAAAACUCCUACAAUACGUCGAUAUUUCUCGUUUCAAAGCUGCCUGGGACCGGGUUAUUCAAGCACUGCCAAUACUACGGACGCGGAUUGUGGAUCUCCCUGGCCACGGCCUUGUUCAAGCAAUCGUUAAAGGACAGCAAAGCUGGGUACAGGCUAAAAACAUAAAUGAUUACUUGCAGCAAGAGGUGAAGAGCCCGUUGCGUCUUGGAUCAUCUCUUGUGAGAUUUAGCCUCAUCCCCAACUCUAUCGAGCAUAAGAAAGGAAUGGGGCGGGACACUUCAACACAACCGACGUUUGCCUUAACUCUACAUCAUUCAAUUUAUGAUGGUGUAACCAUAUCUUUGAUAGUGGAAUGUCUUGAGAAGUUUUACAAUAACGAUGUGACUCCUGCUUUAAGCCCUUUUCAGUCAUUUGUGGGGUACAUCUGUCAUCUGGAUCAGAAGUUGCAGUCCAAAUACUGGGAAGACCAAUUCCAUGGGUUAGAAGCAAUGCAAUUUCCUCCACUGCCCUAUUCCCAAUACCAUCCUAAAACGGAUUCCUUUUGCACAUAUACUCUGAACGACGUGAGUUGGAGAGCGGAUAACUAUACCCCAUCAACAAUAAUCCGCGCAGCAUUGGGUAUUUUGUGUUGCCAAUACUCGAACUCAUCGGAUACGGUGUUUGGAACCGUAAUAACGGGUCGCAAGGCCUCCAUCCAAGGCCUGGACAGAGUCGCCGGUCCCACUAUUGCGACUGUUCCAAUAAGAGUAAAUAUUCAAAAGAACUUAAAUGCCUUCGAAUUUCUCGGCGUUAUACAGAGCCAGGAGAUAGAAAUGAUCCCCCAUGAGCAAACUGGACUUUCUACAAUUCGGCGAAUAAGCUCCGAAACAGAAAACGCGUGCGCAUUUCAGACACUGCUCGUUGUACAAUCACCGGAAGCGAAACUACAAGAGUCUGGCUUAUUCGUCAGCCCAAGUGAGCAGCGGGAUAUGACAAGGUACUAUAACUUUACUUCAUAUGCACUGUCGAUUAUCUGUACACCCGAAGGAAGCAAUUUAAUGGUGGAGUUUUGUUACGACUCGGCCGUGGAAAUGAACAACAAAUCAAUUCAUGAUUUUGAUUUUCUAACAAGCAGGGAUCUCAACAAAAUUUGGCAUUGGAAUUCAGAGGUUCCAGCGAGUGUUGAAGAAUGCGUGCAUGAGUUGAUCUCUCAAGUUGCCAAGGUUGUGCCGGAUAAUAUGGCAAUAUGUGCAUGGGAUGGUGAAAUUAGUUACAGGGAGCUUGAUCAGCUAUCCAGUCAAGUUUCCUACUGCCUGGUGAAAAUGGGCGUAAAAAGAAACAUGAUUGUUCCACUAUGUUAUGAAAAGUCCCUAUUCGCUAUGCUAGCCGUCCUUAGUGUCAUGAAGACAGGGGCAGGCGUGUUAUUACUGGACCCCUCACUCCCAGAAGGUCGUCUCCAGACUAUCAUGGACCAAGUAAAACCAAGCUUCACUAUAUGCUCACCAGCUAGCGAAGGAAUUUGCUCGAGGUUGUUUCCUAAUCCCCUAAUCCUUGGUGGUGCAUUGAAGUGCAUUGAAGAAUUCAUAAAGACCAAUAGCGAUGUCGAAUCAGAAUUACUACAAGAACUCCCAAAGGUAUUUCCAUCUGAUACUUUAUACACUAUCUUCACGAGUGGAAGCACCGGAACACCAAAAGGAUGUAUCAUUCAACAUCGGAGUUUCAGCAGCGCAGUGACGCAUCAAAAAACGACCUUACAGCUCAAUCACCGUUCCAGAAUGUAUGAUUUCUCAUCAUAUUCGUUUGAUGCGGUGUACUGGAGUGCCAUCCAUGUUCUUACAGCGGGUGGAACACUGUGCAUUCCAAGUGAGGAGGAAAGAAAAAAUAACCUUACCGAAAGCAUACAAAGGUUUGCAACUACCGAUAUUUUUCUCACUCCAUCAACUGCACAUAGUGUUGAUCCGACAAGAAUACCUACUCUACAAAACAUUUACCUGGGCGGAGAAGUUGUAAACCCAUCUGAUGUUAGACUUUGGGCGCGGUUCGCCAACGUCUUUGUGGUAUAUGGCCCUACGGAAUGCUCUGCGAUUACCCUCUAUAAUCGAAUACAAAGUCCGAUUUCACAAAUGCCCUCAAUUGGCCGUAGCAUUGGGGUUGUCACUUGGAUUGUACAUCCAUCAUCGAGCGAUCGGUUAACACCUAUAGGGAUCGUUGGAGAGUUAUAUUUAGAGGGACCACUACUUGGUGAAGGGUAUCUCGGCGACCCCGAAAAGACUGCUCAAGCGUUUGUUGAAGAUCCACCAUGGUUACUUUAUGGGUCCCCAGAUGGCCAGUCACAAGGACGACAUGGCCGAUUAUACAAGACAGGUGAUCUUGUUAAGUACAAUCCUGCCGAUGGGUCUCUCAUAUUUAUAGGGAGAAAGGAUACACAAGUCAAACUGCGAGGACAACGAAUUGAACUUUCCGAAGUGGACUAUCACAUUCGACAAUGUCUCAACAAUAGGUUCCCAUUGAGCACACUUUCGGUGAUUACUGAAAUAGUUGUUCCAAAAGGGUGGAAUAAACCCACUUUAGUUGCUUUCAUUCAGUCCUCAGAAAUGAGAGAAACUAAGGGUUUUGAAAAGUACCUAGAACUAGAGCUAUCGAAAAGGUUACCUUUAUACAUGAUACCCACUAUCUAUCUAUCUGUCCAGCAUAUGCCUUUAACUCCGAGUGGCAAGGUAGAUAGAAUCCAAUUGCGGGGAAUUGGGUCUACCGCCAUGAUUGAGCACUUAGAUAGUCAAGUUAAGCCGGAUAGUACUAGUGCUCCCCUCACUAAACGAGAAAGUCAACUGUGUGCUCUGUGGGAAACAAUUUUAGAAAUCUCGGCCUAUCAAAUUGGAAUAGAAAGUAACUUCUUUCGACUCGGAGGCGAUUCUAUAUGUGCAAUGCGGUUGACGGCACUGGCUAGUGGUGAGGGUAUUACAUUGACAGUCAAAGACAUUCUCAUGUACCCUCGAUUAACUGACAUGGCGAAGACGAUGAUCUUACACCAGACCAGUGCCAAUAAUAACGCGCUCACCACUCCGUUCUCACUGUUAAAACAUCCGCAGGAUCAAAUGAUUCUCAUUGAUGAUAUCUCAAACCAGAGCGAAAUCAGCGAAAUCAAUACCUCGCUCAUUCAAGACAUAUUUCCUUGUACAAGUGUACAAAAGUCGCUCUUGUCAAUGAAAAAUGCCUACAUUGCCAGGUUUUCGAUAGCACUUAAAGAUGACGUGUGUAUAAAGGAUUUGAUUGAUGCCUGGGAACAAGUGAGAAAAACGAGGGCCCCCAUUCUUAGCUCCAUGAUUGUCAACACAACAUCGGAAGGUCUAGUCCAAGUAUUUUUGAAGUCGCCCAUACGGUUCCAGUCAUAUGAUACCUUAGAUGAGUAUUUCAAAGAGGAAAAGGCUAAGAAUAUGGGGCUUGGUACACCUCUCACCCGAUUAGCAAUUGUUGGAGAGACGGACUCUAGUAGUAAAUAUUGCAUAUUAACACAACACCAUGCAAUAUACGACGGGCACUCACUGAAGCUUCUUCUCAACGAGGUUUCCAAUGUCUAUGCUGGAAUUUCGGACAACCAUCACAUUGCAUCCUUUCAAAAUUUUGUUGAAUAUGUUGGCAAUGUUGAUGAGAAUGAAGUCAAGAGUUUCUGGGGUCAAGAGUUCUCUGAGUUAGAAGCAAUGCCUUUUCCAGUCCUGCCUCAAGAAAACUAUAAACCUAAAGCUGAUGAUAUGAUACGACGUACGUUUACAAACUUCACUUGGCCCAAAGGCGAGGUGACUGCAUCCACAAUCAUCAGAACAGCCUGGGCGAUUAUUACGGCCCGUUACACUGACUGCAACGAUGUUAUAUUUGGUGCUAUGGUAACAGGACGACAGGCCCCGUUAGAUGGAUUACAUCGAAUGAUUGCUCCGGCAAUUAAUGUCGUCCCAGUGCGGAUUAAACUAAGAGCCAAGCAGACGAUAGAUGAACUUCUUAAACAAAUCCUAAACCAAGCGAUACUCACGAUUCCGUACGAAAACACAGAUCUACUUAAUAUUCGACGGAUCAAUGCCAAUACCAACCAAGGCACGCGCUUUAAUUCUUUACUUGUCGUGCAGCCAGAAGGACAAACGAAUUUAGUUGAAACUGACGAGGGGCCUUUCAAGCAUCCAACGCUAACCAACCUGAACAAUGGAUUUGAUGACUUCAACCCGAAUGCACUAAUGCUGGUUUUCCAACUGACAAGCACUAAUGAGGUUCAUCUUGAUAUAAGUUUUGAUUCCCAUGUCAUUGGGAGAGAGCAGAUGAAUCGCAUUGCCUACCAGCUUGAACAUACUUUGCGUGAAUUGAUCUCAUGCGAUGUCGCACAGACGCUCGACUUUCUAGAUAUACUCAGUGUACAAGAUCUGAAUGAAGUAUGGAGAUGGAAUUCUUCUGUUCCCCAUUCGGUUCACGAGUGUGUCCACCACAUGAUUGCUAGAACAAUCAAGCGACAACCUGACAUGCCUGCCAUACAUUCAUGGGAUGGUAGCUUGACGUAUGGAGAAAUGGAGGUAUUAUCGAGCCACCUGGCUUCGUACCUCGUUUCCUCUGGAGUCGGCCCGGGUAUGACUAUUCCCCUUUGCUUUGAAAAAUCCAUGUGGCAUCCAGUAGCGGCGUUAGGCGUAAUGAAAUCAGGGGCCGCAUGUGUUUCCAUGGACUCCACGCAACCGGAGUCUCGUUUGAAAUCAAUUGUGAAACAGGUCAAUCCUAGUUUUGUACUUUCUUCAGAAAAGAAUAAAACCCUAUCAGAACGGCUUUCCGACGCUGAAGUAAUCAUUGUCGACCGCAACAAUUCCGCCUUCUCCGAACAUGGCUCUCCAAUAAGUGUAUUACCUACCAUUCGCCCAACAGCUGUCCUCUAUAUCGUAUUUACCAGCGGGUCAACAGGUGUUCCUAAAGGAGUUAUUACGACCCAUCAAAAUUUCGCAUCUGCAUCCACCCACCAGUCGAAAAUUCUAAAUAUCAAAGCGAAUUCUCGGGUUUUUGACUUCGUCUCAUAUAGUUUUGACGUUUCCUGGUCAAAUCUUCUGCAAACCUUGAUAUGUGGAGCCUGUCUUUGUAUUCCCUCAGAGUGGGAACGACGAAAUGAUAUCCCAGGUUCCUUAAACAGUAUGAAAUGUGACUAUGUCUAUUUCACCCCUUCCGUGGCCAAUUCAUUGGACCCAUCAGCAAUACCUGGAAUUCGAACCUUGGCGAUGGGAGGGGAGCCGAUCCAGGCUAGUGAACUCUUCCGCUGGGAACAAGUAGAGACCAUCAUUGGUAUCUAUGGCCCUGCAGAAUGCGCCCAAGCUUUGUCAUUUGCUCGGUUGAAUGGAAAAAGUCAGAACAAUUAUGUGGGUCAUUCUUUCGGGGCAAACACCUGGCUUACUAUACCGGACUGUCCAGAGCGUCUGGCGCCAAUUGGAACAAUUGGGGAGCUUCUAAUAGAAGGACCAACUGUAAGCCAGGGAUAUCUUAAUGACCCCAUACAAACGAACUGUGCCUACAUUCAAACCCCACAAUGGCUUGCACGGGGUACAUCAGGUCAAAAUGGUCGACAAGCGGUUUUAUACAAAACUGGUGAUCUGUUACGUUAUAAUUCAGACGGAUCUUUAACGUUCAUCGGUCGUAAAGAUGGCAUGGUAAAGCUCAGAGGGCAAAGAAUAGAGUUGGCAGAGAUUGAAUACCACGUGAGAGCAUCACUGAGUCACCCACACUUAUGCAGUGGAAUUGCUGCAGAAAUUAUUACGCCAAAGAACCUUACCACCUCAAUCCUGGCCAUUUUUGUUUCUCUAGAUUUUGACGAGAAUCAUGACCCUGAUGUAACGGUUUUAUCUAGACUUGCUCAAGUCACCGAUGGCAUAGAUGAAAGGCUCGCAAGCCGUGUACCGCAGUAUAUGAUUCCGGGAGCAUACAUCCCUGUCAAUAAGAUACCGAUGACUAUUACGAACAAAACGGACAGACGUGCUUUGCGACAAUUGGGAGACGAACAAACAUCGGAUAACCUUGCAAGGCCGCUACUAGAUGAAAGGAAAUACCGCGCUCCAUCAAGCGCAAUGGAGAAGAGACUUCAAAUUCUGUGGUCCUCCAUCCUUGGCAUCGAGGCCCGUAACAUCAGCACAGAAAGCAAUUUUCUCAGAAUAGGUGGAGAGUCUAUCGCUGCCAUGAGAUUGGUGUCCAUGGCAAAGGGCCAGAAUUUAUCGAUGACUGUCGCAGAUAUCUUUAAGGCUCCUCGGCUUUCUGAUCUCGCUCUUCUGGUGAAGGAGGGCAUCUUUCAACAAACGCUUCAACUAGAUGCCAAGUUUUCCCUGAUUGAUGAAGAUGAUCCUCAUAUGUUCCUCCAAAGAUUUGUUUAUCCCGUUUUGGGAGGUAAAUUUGGGGUUGUGGAGGAUGUUCAUCCUUGCACAGAUUUUCAAAAAUGUGCCAUACUUGAUGCAUUACAAGACCCACCCGGCAGACUUCCGCAUUGGAUAUUCACAUUACCAAUGGAUGUCGACUUUGACAAAUUGGAACAAGCCUGUAAAAAGCUAGUAAACAACUAUGACAUACUUCGGUCUAUCUUUAUUGAGGCUCGUAACCGAUUAUGGAUGGUUACAUUGACAAACUUGGAACCAGAAUAUGAUAUUCAUAACAUUGAUGACGAUAUUACAACCGCCAUAGACACGGUGUGUAAACAAGACUUGAGAGCUCCAAGGCAAUUUGGUCAUUCUUUCAUUCGCUUUAUAGUGCUUCGGCAUUCUGGAGGAAAUCAUAGACUCAUAUUUAGGAUUUCACAUGCCCAGUUUGAUGACUUCAGUUGGGGGACAGUUUUAAGCGCCCUAUCAUCGAUAUACGUCGAUGAUGACGUUCCAACACAGCCAACUUUCGCUCAAUACCUUUCUUACAGAGAAAGAACAAAAAGUCAAAGCUUAGCAUACUGGACUUCUAGAAUACGGCGUGCAAAUUAUCCAAUAUGGAGCACCAGCAAGUUGCCCUCUACAUUGGCUUCUAGCGAUAGGCUUGUUGUCGAAGAAACUUUUGAGAUGCCAAGUUUAGAACGAAUUCAAGGAGUCUCGAUAGCAACGAUCUUCCAUAGUGCGUGCGCAAUAGUAUUGUCACGCCAAUUCGAACAAGAGAAUGUCAUUUUUGGCCGUUUAGUGACCGGCAGGUCUAUGCUUCCAGGAAAUCUUAACAAUGUCGUUGGUCCUUGCAUGACAGAACUUCCAGUCAUCGUUCAUAUAGGUUCCAAUGACAACGUGGCUAGUGUCGCGCUGAGGUUGCAAGAACAAUUCAUACAGGACUCGGGCUAUGAGACAGCAGGAAUGGAGGAUAUUAUCCGAAGCUCCAAUAAUUGGCCAGAGUAUACGGCUGACUUCGGGUGGCGAACUGCCUUUCAACAAGAAGAUGGUCCUAGCCUCACGUUUUUAGGAUCAACUAGUGAGAUUUCGUUCUACAGCGGCGACCUACCAUCUCGGCCACGCCCAGAAGUUUAUGCUACGCCAAGGAAUGGGAAGUUAGAUAUCGUGUUCGAAGGUAAUCGAAGCUUGAUUGGGGAGGAUACUGUCCAAGAAUUUCUUUCGCGUCUCCAAAUCGUCCUUGGCGAUGCAUGACACAAAUGUGAGAGAAGUCAGAGCCGAGGAUAGCAUGCUUCGAACCGAGUUGACAGUUAUUAUUGCUGUUUAAUAGUGUAAUAUCUGCAAUUCAUAUGUUUUUCCCUUCUCUUUCGAUUUCGUGAUUUAAGAUAGAAGUAUUGAGCGCAUUAGUUCUAAAACAAUCAAUUGAAUUGUAU